AUGCAUCUCUCGACACUUCUCUUGGGUUUCUUCUUGAGUGCCAGCGCAGCCCCGACUGCCAACCUGGGCACACCGUAUCCACCACUUACCCCAUGUACGAAGGACACACGACUGAAGAUUGCUCAAACAAUCAUUGGUGCAUUCAACGAUCCCAAUGAUCUGAACUCGAUCGCCACCCUCGAGAACGCUCCCUUCAAGCCGGAUGGUACCAUUGAAUUCUGCAUCAACGGUGCGCCAUGCCUUCGACUCGGCCUCAACGGAGCCAUUUCGAAAGACGUCGCCGCUGCUGCACGACAAGCCGUCGCUCGUGUUGAUACAAUAUUCACUGCUUACGACAAUGGAACGACCGUGAUGGAUGCUGAAGUGACUUUCGGUGUCGGUGCUCUUGGGGUUCCACUUCCCAUCAAGACCGCCAUCUACGUUCCUGGGGUCAUCGAUACUCAGGACUGCAGAAUCAUCGAUCCACCCGCAUACUUCACUCUUCCGAAUGAGGUGGCCGGCUUUCCAGUCACUCCACCGACUCUGCCAGGCCUUGGUCUUGGGACAAUUCCCGACGUUACUGUUCCGUCUUGA